UGGGCAUCAUCAGGGUCCGCGGCGAGCACAAGGCGCAGCAGGGCGACGCGUCGCCGGUCUGGAGCGGCCUCUGUUUUCUGGUCUGUGGGAUGUGUGGAGUGCUGUGUGCUCGAAAGAGGACUGGUCUCAUUCACGUGCAUGCAGUGAGCUCUAAAAAAGACGUCUGAUGAAACCAGAGGAGGCAAGCAGUCACCUCUCCUCUUGUCUUUCCUUCGCUCUCUCCAUCUUUGUUGCUCAGCGAUCACCUCGCAUUCUCUCCAUGACUCCGAGUCCUUGUGUUUCUUCUCGGACUCUCUCUGGCUCCUGUGUGUGUGUGGGGGGGGCAUGAUGGAUCAGUGUCAGUCUGCUGUAACAGAGACAUCCCUCAACCUACCUCUCCCUCUGCCUCACCCCUUUGUUUUUGUCCCCAUCCUUCUCCUCCUUCCUCUCAUGCUUUUUCAUCACUCACAUCCAUCUCUCUUCUUUCGGCCUCAACCUCCCAGUCCUUUCAAUGCUUUGCCUCGCUCCAUCUUCCCCUCCUCAUCUCCGUCCGUCCCCUGCCUCCUUGUCUGCCUGUGGGGUGAUGAUUGCAUUAGGUUGGUUUGGCUCCGGACUCCUGCCAGCCGCUUUCCACACUUCAACGGGUAAUGACUGAAACUAGAGAGGCCCUUUUCCAUGCAGUUAAAGGCACUAAAGGAAUCUGUACUGGGAGCAAUGAAAGAUAACCUGUACCCUAGACACAAUACACACACACACACAUGCAUCCACAAUCGAUGGGGAGUAGAAUUGAAUUGAUUAGAUUUUAUUAUCCUGAUCGCAAAGGUAAAGGAUAGACAAUCAUUUCUCCAUCAGAUGCUACAGGAAAAACAAUCACAUACUCAUAGUGGGUCUGAGAUUUCCAGCUUCUGAUAAUAAUAACAAUGUAUUCCCUAAAAUACAAUUGAUUAAAUGCUGAAAGUAAAACCUCUCCAAGCCUCUACACAAACGAGGCACUCACUCAAGUACAAAUACAGCAAGUGAGUGAUGCAGACAUAUUUACAAGCUGGGCAAUAUUUCUGGAGGGGACAGUGCGCUUUGAAAGCAAUCCAAUUUUCUAAUAGGAAAUUAGAUUUAUUUUGACAAAUGCACAUUUCUCAUCACAGCAACCGUCACCCAAAACAGAAGAAUGAUGGAAAUGGAAGCUCAAUAGUAGUUUGUAUAUCUUCCAUCUCUUCACAUUUUGCCAGUUUGUCCACAGAUUGCUUGAUAGGAUAUCAAUUUAGCCAUUUGCAUUUACAUAUAUUCUCUAUCUCUCCGUGUCCCGAGAUGAUCCUGUUUUCAGCGUGCUGUAUCUGUGGGCUGAUCGGUGGGAUCCUCAACUUCCAGUUUGUUCGGGCACUGAACAAACAGCCAGACUCGAUGCACUCGAUACACCUGGCCGCCAUGACUCUGGCCUGUCUGGGGAUCUCAUCAUGUACCUUGUCGACAUGGCUGACCUGUCGCCUGGCCAGCUCUGAGCAGCAGAGGAUGUUCCUGGAGAGGGAACACUCGCUGCACCACUCACACGAGAUGACCGAGAAGGAGGUCCUGGACAACUCCAGUAACGGCAUUCCUCAGAUAUCAUACAACGGACACACCACAGCAUCUCCAUGAUGAUGACGUAUCACCAAAGGCGAGUUGCACACACUGAAACAGAGAACGGUGGCAGGGAAUCGGUUGCUGUCAACAGAUAAAAGUAGCACGUACUUUCUUCUACAAUCCUGCAAAAUGCACUGUAACUAUAUAUUCUGAGUGCAGGGAGUGAACCCAAAUCUCUCGCCUCGGAUCCCGUCUGUCCGCUACAUAUUGACAGCAAGACGGAGGCGUUUGUGCGUCUGACUAAUUAUGCAAACAUGGGUUCGGCCAUCCUCAGUUCAACUCAAACCAAAGCCAGGGCGGAGGGCUGCCGUUGGGCUAACAAUUCAGGUGACAAGCAUCUCCGUGACAUCAUCUGAUCUUCAAGGUAAUGACCAGGAAGGGUAGAAUUUAUCCAGUGGUUUGCCUCAAAGUAAUGAGCACAAACCAAAGCAUGCAGCUCAUUCACUUGUUUUAAAGAUCUACUGCUGUUUCACUCUCAAUGCCCUUAUCUUCUUACUUGUAAUGGGUUUAUGGAAUGCAAAUGUUGCGAUAGCCUUCAGUAAACUGUAUGUAUCAUUUGAUAAUGGAAUGCUUUGGCAUGAAAAUGCAGUGAUGCCCAAUGCAGUGUACUGUAUAUCCAUGCUCGUAUAUCAGGAUUCUAGUCGUAUCUAUAAAUGAGACAUAUUUUUUAUAAAUGCUUCUUAUAAAAGUGAAUUCAAAUAAAGUCUGA